GCCAGGUACAAUUACAACUUCCGGUUGUGAAAUUUUAUGAAUUUUGACAGAUUUUGAAAAAAAUACUCAGAAAAUAAGUAUUGAUCGUCAGUUUUGACAGUCUCUGUAUUUAUUUCCUUUACUAACUAUUCAAUACCUCGCCACUGAUUAACAUGUCAAGACAGGUAAAACAACCCACAGGUCAGAAAAGAUUGACCAAUGUGGCCAUAGUGAGACUGAAGAAAGGUGGAAAAAGGUUUGAAAUAGCCAGCUAUCCCAACAAAGUGGUAUCCUGGAGGAACAAAGUAGAGACAGAUAUCGAUGAGGUGUUGCAAACACAUACAGUUUUCACAAAUGUUUCUAAAGGAGAGGUGGCUAAAGCUGGGGACUUAAAGAAAAUAUUUGGAAAAGAUAAUCAGUCAGAAAUUUGUUUAGAGAUUUUAGCUAAAGGUGAGCUACAAGUAUCAGAAAAGGAGAGACAUGCUCAGCUAGAGUCCAUGUUUAGAGAUAUUGCCACAAUUGUAGCAGACAAGUGUGUAAACCCCGACACAAACAGACCGUACACUGUAACAAUGAUCGAGAAAGCUAUGAAAGAUCUGCAUUUCUCAGUCAAGCCUACCAGAAACACUAAACAACAGGCAUUGGAUGUGAUAAAACAAUUCACAGAGAAAGAGACAAUCAAAAUACAGAGAGCAUAUAUGAGACUGAAACUCACUAUUCCAGGAAAAGAAGGAAGGAAGCUGCAGACAAAGAUAAAGAAAAUUGCAAAGAAAGUAGAGAAAGAUGACUUUGAUGAUGAGUUAGAGAUGGUUGUUCUGAUAGAUCCAGGGUCAUUUAGAGAAAUAGAGGAACUCGUUAGAGAAUUAACAAAAGGAAAAGCACAGAUAGAGGUGCUAAGUUUAAAGGAUGUUGAAGAAGGCGAUGAGUUUUUAGAAUAAGCCAAACUGCUAUAGAGACCAACUCACAUGAUGGCUUGUAUCCCCAAGACCUUAUAUAUACAGCAAAGGAAUACUUUCAAAUUUUCCUUUGAGAGUACUGGACUAUAAUGCUUGUGCCAUUUAGCAAUGAUAUAUUGUCGAAACCCAGUAUCUCAAAUUCCUGGCGACUAAGUAUUAAGAUAGUGAGCUUAACUUUGAAGACAGUAGAUAUUACAUCCAUUUUUAGCUCAUCUGAUUUUUGAAAAAAAAUCUAUGAGGUAUUGUUGUCACUUGGUCAUCGGCAUUGGUUAAAAUUUUUGUUUAGGUCCACCUUUCUUAAACACCAUAAGAGCUACAGCUUUUAAACUUUGCACUCUUCUUUGUCAUCAGUAGAUGACUUAGUAGGCCAAGAACCAUAACUCUGAUAUGCAUUUUGUUAAAAUUAUGGCCCUUUUUGUACUUAGAAAAUUUGAGUUUCUUGGUCAACAUUUUUGUAUGCAUUUUGUCAAAAUUAUGGCCCUUUUUGUACUUAGAAAAUUUGAGUUUCUUGGUCAACAUUUUUGUUUAGGUCCACCUUUUCUCAAAAACUAUAACAGCUACAGCUUUAACUUUGCACACUUGUUUAUCAUCAUUAGUUGACUAUGUGGGCCAAAUACCAUAACUCUGAUAUGCAUUUUGUCUGAAUUAUGGUUUUUUUUGUACUUAGAAAAUUUGAGUUUCUUGAUUAAAAUUUUUGUUUAGGUCCACCUUUUCUUAAAAACUUUAAGAGCUACAGCUUUGAAACUUUGCGCACGUUUUAACCAUCAUUAGUUGACUAUGUAGGCCAAGGACCAUAACUCUAACCUGCAUUUUGUAAGAAUUAUGGCCCUUUUUGUACUUAGAAACUCUUUUCUUACAUACCGACCAUCACUUGCAGACGAGCAAUGGCACCCGUAGGUGGUGCUCUUGUUAUCCACUGUCCUGCAUCCAGCAGACAUUUAAAUCAGGUCUCCGUUUCAUGUUUUAAAGAAAUGCAAAAAUUAACGUUUUGUUUUUUAAAGAAUUAUUUUGAAGCAUAUGAUAUUAAUACUUCUUGGACUUGCAUUACAGUUUUAAGCUGUUGCCAGCGCCUGCCUUUGUUUUGAUAUGACGAGUUCUCUAUCUUGAAAUAAAUGUUUUCUGAGAUCUUAUCAUACUCAUAUGUCCCUGCAGCUUUGAUUACAUAUUUAAGUAACUGUUAAGCUUAAACAUCUUAAUCUGAUCGACAGGUCUUUGAACUGUCUUUGACACAAGUAGAGUCGUGGUAUGUCGGGAAUCUUUGGAGGAAUCCCUUGUAUGUUGAAGUUCUUUGACUCGAGCAGAAUUUUGAGACAAGCGAAAUCGAGACACAGAGUUUUGUUUGUACUGUUUAACAUUGCUUUUGUUGUUGUUUCUCAAGUGUUAAGGUUUUAAAUGCAGAGGAUAUUUGUAAUUUACCCAUAGACCCAUAAUUAUGCGGUAGAAAUGGAUCAGUUGCAGAAACUCGCUAAAGUAAGAGAAAGAGUCAGGUAAAGGUGUUCUUUUGUUACAUUUCGAAGUGGUAUUAAGAAAACACCUUGAUCAAGUACAGUGCAACUUCUAGAGCAAUUGCUGCUUAGAAAACUGAAUUUCUUCAGGUUAAAUUGUCUUAGUUUUUAUCUAACAGAAAGGAAACAUGUGCCUUUGGAAGGGAGGUGUUCUUUUCCAUUUCUUUUUCUAUAUUUCAACUGUUAGUAUAUUUGUUUUAAGAUGUAAACUUUUACUGAAAGCGGACACCUACUGCUAAAUUAAAGGAACAAGGCACAAUAGAACCUUGAAAACUUCGUCCCUUUUCAUCCCAUUGCUGCUCUCCGUACGUAUGUACGUCCAGAAAUUUUGUGUGUCCAACUCCUCCCACACUAUUAACCUCAUUUGUUUCAAACUUUCACAGAUCAACACGAUGUGCAGAUGACCAUAAAGAAAGGAUUUUUUUCUGUGACUGUUUUUACUGCAGUUAUGGCCGUUUGAUAGUUUUUGCUAUAUGGAAUAUAGAGAAAUAUCUUGUGUCCAACUCCUCCCACACUGUUAGCCUAAUUGGCUUCAAACUUUCACAGAUCAACAAGCUUGAUGUGUAGUUGACCUUAAAGGAAGUAGUUUUUUCUGUGAAUAUUUUUACUGCAGUUAUAGCCCUUUGAUAGUUCUUGCUAAAUAGAGGAUUGCACAGUAUGUAAGGGCAUCCUGUCCUAUGGACACAAUUUAUAGUUCAGUCAUGAUAUCCUGUCUUCAUUUAACAUACAUGUAGUCAGCCGCAACUUAGAACCUUUCCUGGUUCUGUUCCAACUUCCACUAUAGGUCAACCAUCAAAGUUAAGUGUUUAUUUACAAGUGGCACAAUUAUAUCAAGUAAUCACCUCUACUUUUUACAAAAUUUUAAAGUGUUUGCUUUUUGCGCCUACAGACCGAUGGUAUGGUCAGAUGCUAUGCUGUUUAUGCACCUGGGUGAAAAAACACAAUUGUUAGAGGUAAUCAUAAUUUCUGAUUGGCAUUUCAGAAAUUAUUUCAAUUUAAGAGUUUUAUGGUUAUAGUUUCAUCUGGUGUAAGAACUUCUGUAUAAAUUUUUCUGUCUUUCUGAUGACAUGAAAUAAAAUGUUGUGUUCAGUGUUAUGUUUAGUAGUAUUUUUAGCUCAACUAUUCGAAGAAUAAGUAGAGCUAUCCUCCUACUCACCACGGCGUUGGCGUCACACCUUGGUUAAGUUUUUUCGUAUAAAGCUUUGAAACUUUCAACACUUGUGAACCAUCACCAUGUCCAGUUUUAGGCAAGAGUACAUAACUCCAUCAAGGAUUUGGCUGAAUUAUGGCCCCUUUUAACUUAAAAAUCUUGUUUUAAGUUUUUCGUACUAGUUCAUAUUUUGUUUAAACUGUUCGACAUAUGGCUUUGAAACUAUCACUUGUUUAUUACAACAGUCUCUAUCUGUAGGCAAGUGUACAUAACUCUGUCAACUAUUUUGGCUGAAUUAUGGCCCUUUUUGGACUUGGAAAUUGGUACAAUUUAUGUACAAGUCCACGUUUUGUCAAAACUAUUUGACAUGUGGCUUUGAAACUUUGAACACUUGUUUAUCAUCAUGAUUUCCAUCUGUAGGCAAGAGUACAUCACUCUGUCAACUAUUUUGGCCCUUUUUGGACUUGGAAAUUGGUUCAGUUUUCGUACCAGUCCAUGUUUUGUCAAAACUAUUUGACAUGUGGCCACUUGCUUAUCAUCAUGAUUUCCAUCUGUAGGCAAGAGUACAUAACUCUGUCAACUUUUUUGGCUGAAUUAUGAGCCUUUUUGGACUUUUAUCACUUGUUUGUUACAAGUCUCUAUCUGUAGGCAAAAGUACAUAAUUCUGUCAACUAUUUUGGCUGAAUUAUGGCCCUUUUUGGACUUGGAAAUUGGUACAAUUUACGUACAAGUCCACGUUUUGUCAAACUAUUUGACAUGUGGCUUUGAAACUUUGAACACUUGUUUAUCAUCAUGAUUUCCAUCUGUAGGCAAGAGUACAUAACUCUGUCAACUAUUUUGGCCCUUUAUGAACUUGGAAAUUGGUUCAGUUUUCGUACCAGUCCAUGUUUUGUCAAAACUAUUUGACAUGUGGCUUUGAAACUUUGAUCACUUGCUUAUCAUCAUGAUUUCCAUCUGUAGGCAAGAGUACAUAACUCUGUCAACUAUUUUGGCUGAAUUAUGAGCCUUUUUGGACUUGGAAAUUGGUUCAGUUUUAGUACCAGUCAACGUUUUGUCAAAAUUUCAUGGUUUCCGGACAAUAACUUAUGAAAGGCCUGACAGAUUUAAAUAAUUUUUGGUACACAGGUGUAACAUCAUAAAAUACAGGUCAAAUUUGGCUACAAACCACCAUUUUUUGACAUAGUUAUGGCCCCUUUCCGACUUAGAAUUUGCCAAACUCCUGGUUUCCGGACAAUAACUCAUGAAAGGCUUGACAGAUUUAAAUAAUUUUUGGUACACUGGUGUAACAUCAUAAAAUACAGGUCAAGUUGACUUUGGCUACAAACUACAAUUUUUUUGACAUAGUUAUGGCCCCUUUCCAACUUAAAAUUUGCCAAACUCAUGGUUUCCAGACAAUAACUCAUGAAAGGCUCGACAGAUUUAAAUUAUUUUUGGUACACUGGUAUAACAUCAUAAAGGUAAAGUUCGAGUUUGGCUACAAACCACAAUUUUUUUGACGUAGUUAUGGCCCCUUUCCAACUUAAAUUUGCCAUAUUUCUUUGACAAGGCCGUAUUGUUGGGGUAUUUUUUGUCACUCCUGUGACAGUUCUAGUUUGAAAUGAUGAAGCUUGUUUUUGUUUGCAUUUUUAGCUCACCUGUCACAUAGUGACAAGGUGAGCUUUUGUGAUCACCCUUCGUCCGUCGUCAGUCCGUGUGUCCGUCCGUCCGUGCGUGCGUCAACAAUUUCGUGUCUGCACGAUAGUGGUUUCAUUUAUGAUUUUAUUUUAACCAAACUUGCACACAACUUGUAUCACCAUAAGAUCUUGAUUCCUUUCUUGAACUGGCUAGAUCCCAUUAUGGGUUCCAGAUUUAUGGCCCCUGAAAGGGCCAAAAUUAGCUAUUUUGACCUUGUCUGCACAAUAGCAGCUUCAUUUAUGAUUUGAAUUUAAUCAAACUUGCACAAAACUUGUGUCACCAUAAGAUCUUGGUUCCUUUCUUUAACCAGCCAGAUCCCAUUAUGGGUUCCAGAGUUAUGGCCCCUGAAAGGGCCAAAAUUAGCUAUUUUGACCUUGUCUGCACAAUAGCAGCUUUAUUUAUGAUUUGAAUUUUACCAAACUUGCACACAACCUGUAUUACCAUAAGAUCUUGGUUCCUUUUUUGAACUGUCCAGAUUCCUUUAUGGGUUCCAGAGUUAUGGCCUUUGAAAAGGCCAGAAUUAGAUAUUUUGACCUUGUCUGCACAAUAGCAGCUUUAUUUAUGAUUUGAAUUUUAUCAAACUUGCACACAACUUGUAUCACCAUAAGAUCUUGGUUCCUUUCUUGAACUGUCUAGAUUCCAUUAUGGGUUCCAGAGUUAUGGCCCCUGAAAGGGCCAGAAUUAGCUAUUUUGACCUUGUCUGCACAAUAGAAGCUUCAUUUAUGAUUUGAUUUUAACCAAACUUGCACACAACUUGUAUCAUCACAAGAUCUUGCUUCCUUUCUUGAACUUGCCAGAUUCCUUCAUGGGAUCUAGAGUUAUGGCCCCUUAAAGGUCCAAAAUUGGCUAUUUUGGCUUUUGCAGCCAUCUAGAGACUUCAUUUUUGGUUUUAUUUGAUACAAACUUCCAAAAUAUCUUCAACAACAAUAAAUCUUGGAUUCCAUGACAAAUCGGAUCCAAUCGUAGGUUCCAGAGUUGUUUUAUAUCUGAUUACCUCCCCUGAUUGUAAUCAAAAUGGAUUUAUAUCAGUAAGUACUUAUAGGACUUAUUUGAAGUUUCAUUACUGUUAUUAGUUGGACUGAGACAAUCAGGGUAGAUAACUAUGGACUGAUUUUAUGUCAAAUUACCUCCCUUUAUUUUAAAUUAAAAUGGGUAUAUCUCCGUAACUAAUGAAGAUACUGAUCUGAAAUUUCAUUUAUGUCAACAGAUGUAUUUGGCAGAUCCUUCUUUUGUUCACUUACAAAAUUUUUUUUAAUUACUUAAUUCCCUUUUACUUUACUAUAAAUAGCUUAUUUUUAGUAACUUUGUUAUUAUUGGCCAUAGGGAAAAAUCGAGACCACUUUUCUGUGGUACAACAUGGAUGAUACUUCCAAUUUUUAGGUGCAUUUUGACAUAUCUAUACCUUGUAAGAAUUUUUUUUGUUUGUUUUUGGUUAAAUUUCUUCCCUUUGUUGUUCCUGUCCUUUGGACUUAGAUAUUUUUUCUGAGGGCCUUCUUGUCCUCAAGUGCAAUGAUAACAGGUGAGCGAUAUAGGGCCAUCAUGGCCCUCUUGUCAGUUUAUUUCAUCUGGAAUAAAUGGUAGUAUAUUCCAGAUUUCACGAUUUGUUGUUAAUAAGAUAUGCUGCCAUUAUUUACUGUAUAAUAAUGAAAAUGCUGCUGAUGUUGAUUUGUGGAGAAUAAAAAUUAAAAAAAGUUUGAUAAAUGUUCAGUCGGUCUUCUCAAUCACCUUAUUGGAAAAACUUUGAAGUUUUGCAAUAUUCACUAAAAAACAUCUUUUUUAUGAAAUUUUUUUCUAGGAACAAACAAAUUUUAUUGCAAGGAAGUACACUUUUUGUUGAAAAAAUGUGUCAGCUUUGAAUGAAAAUUAUUAUAUCACAUGGCUGUAUUAUUGCAUAAUGUAUUUAUACGUACAAUAAAAUAAUAUUUUAACUUGUUGCAUGUUAGUAUGAAAUAAAGAUUUUAACAGAA